AUGAGGCACGGCAUUUUUCUUGACGAAUUUGAGGAGCUGGGCAUGCUUGACGGUGAGCAUCAUGCGAACGAGUUGGUGAAGCUUGUAACAGGUGGCCUCGACGCCUUUUUGACUUGUUCGGAAAUUUGGCAUCUCACCGCGAACACCUUCGGCGUGAACAAGAAUGGGCAAUUAUUGUUCGAGUAUCGCCGACGUGAAAAAGGAAGAAAGGACCCCUAUCGGCGGUGGACUCCGACUUUCCCCGGCUUCAAAACAGCUGCAAAAUCCCACACUUGGUCGCUAGGGCAUUAUGGGUGGCUUGCUCGUGUUAACAUCCGCGAAACGUACCCGCCUAUGGAUAUCUAA